AUGAAAUUUUAUCCAUUUCACGAGAAACAAGAAAUUCAGUGUCCGUUGAUGUUCACGCGUAAAGACAGUUUGCUCAGACACAAAAUCAUACACCGAGGAAUUCGUUUUCCGUGCUCUGUAUGCAUCAAGACAUUCAGUCUCAUGUCAAGUCUUAAGAGGCAUGAGAAAAAUUCUCAUGGCAUCGUUCCGGCUCAUCGUCAGCCUGCACCGAUUGUUGCUCAACCUACUCGACAGAGCGUUAUACAGUUUGCGCCUAGCGUUGCUCCACAGGGAAACUUACAGAUUACCCCUCAAAUUUUCGUCCCCGAUAUCCCGGCCGGUGGUUCGAACAUGUUAUCCGAGGACGAGAUUUGCAUGGCAGCUAUGGACGCAUUUGAAAAUGAAAAAAUUUAUUAGGUUUUUUUAAUUUUAUUUUUAAGACUCGUAUUUACGGGUGUAAACGGCAAACGAGUUUCCACCGCAUACACCACGUCGGCUGCUAGAGCAAAAAAAGCGCGCAUGGAUAUGGUGAAAUCCCCGGGGUUAGUUGAAAUUUUAUCGUCAGCGGGUCGAAAAAUCGUUUGGUAUUUCGCAAAAAAUUUGAAUAAUGUUAAAAAUUAUACCGACUUUCUACGUCCUCUUGCACCGGCUCUGUCAGACAUGCUGAAAAAUCAUGUUUUGAGACACUCGAUAAAAUUUAGUUUGAAGCUGGAGGCUACGUAUAACCGACCAAACGUACCUAAUUCAUCUGAAAAUAGAGCGUUUAAAACAUCAGCAGUUGAAGUUUUUUCGGGUAGUAAUAUUGGUGAGAUUAUUGAAAGGGCUUUUAUAAAGUUAUUGACCGAAGAAGAAGCUUAUACUAGCAGAGGAAGCGGGUUUACCCUGGAGUCCAUAGAUGGGCUAUUGUUGGCCGUUUACAAAUACACGCCGAUGGGCGGGUCGUCAUACAUACCACUGCCUGCGUAUAUCGAAGGAAAACGGGGCACAAUAAAUCCUCAGAAUGUAGACCAACAGUGUUUCAAGUGGGCUGUAUUAGCCAAGCAUGUGACGGGGGAAAAUAAAUUUCGUAUCGGUGAGAAUUAUAAACAACACGAUGACAAAUACAAUUUCAAUGGUAUAUCGUUCCCAACGCCAUUAUCCGACGUUCAGAAAUUCGAAUAUAAUAACCCGACUGUCUCUGUGAAUGUUUAUGGGUUAGACAAAAAGUUCCAGCCACCACGUAAAUAUCCGACGUACGAGGUGUACCCGCUACGUGUCGUUGAUGAGGAGAAAGCCGACCACUUUGAUCUGUUGUUGGUAGCAAACGAAAGCGGGUCGCAUUACGUAUAUAUUUCGAAUUUGUCGCGACUCAUACGAUCUCAAAAGACUGGACAUAAAGAGAGUGUCGUAUUUUGCAAAAGAUGUUUUACCAGCUUUGACAAUCGAAGAUAUAAAUAUAAAUUGAAUGGGCGUGAGGCGUUAACUCAACAUAAGCUUAUAUGCGGUACACAUAAGCCAAUAUUACCGGUGAUGCCGAAAGAAGGCGAGUGUCUGAAAUUCGAGGCGUGGAAAAACACACAGAGACACCCUAUAGUAAUUUAUGCAGAUUUCGAGACGAUACUGAUGAAGACGGAUGAGAAGAAGGGGGGAAAUACAAAAAUAAUACACAGACAUGAAGCGAUGAGCUAUGGACUCAUUGUGAAGGCGAGCAAUGACGUACCGAUAGAGCUAUUAGCGAGACACGAAAUACCAACGGAACCAAUAUUAUAUCGAGGAAAAGUUCUUCAAACAGAAACUGAAGAUAUUCAAGAAUUAAAUGUUGAAGAAUAUUAA